AUGUCCUUUGUUCCCAGGAGAUUUUUUCCUGAUUAUAGGCUACCGCUUUCCAACUUUAAAGGUCAUCAUCAGAAAGCCCUCACACGAUUCAGCUACUUGGCUCCACAAGUAGAUCUUGUGCUAGAAGUAAGAGACUCCAGAGCCCCCAUCUCCACUACAAAUGUGCUUUUUGAUAAAGUGCUAGCGAAGAAAGAAAAGAUCGUGUUGUAUUCUAAGAAAGAUCUUUCUGUCCUUAAACCAAAUCUUCAGAAGAAAUGGCACGGAAACGAAAAGUUUCUCUUCAUCGAUGCAAGAAGUAACAGAGAUGCAAAAUCCAUUCUCAAGCUUCUAAAAGAAAAGUAUGACAAUAUGUACCCUCCUCCUCCUCUUGGAUUGCGUACAAUGAUUAUUGGAAUGCCUAAUGUGGGUAAGUCAACCUUGGUAAAUACCCUACGGUCCACAGGUUACGAGUCACAGCUUCCAAAGGGUGUUUCUACUAAAAGAAGAAGUGAGGUUAUUCGCUUAAGUCAGGACCCUGAUAUUCUUGUCUACGAUACCCCAGGUGUAUUUUUACCUACAGUGAAGGAUAGUGAAACUAUGCUUUCCUUGGCUCUUGUGGGGUGCGUUCACAACUCAUUCGUUGAUCCUAUAAUUUUGGCAGACUACCUUUUAUUUGUGCUCAACUUGCAGAAACCCAACGGCAAAUUAUACAAAACUUACAUCGACCAUCCCACUAAUGAUAUCCACGAGUUGCUCUAUAACAUUGCGCUGAAAAGAGGCAAGCUCAGGCCAGAUGGCGGUUACGACGAAGUGGGCAUGGCAAACUUUUGGGUAGACUCUUGGAGACAAGCAAGAGAUGGACGGUUCAAGGGUCUCUUUGACAAAGAAGCGAUCCUCGAAAUUGAGGCUUCUGAAAUGCGGGAGAUAAUGAACGAGGAAAGAAGCCGAGUUCAAGAGACAGGCGUAUACAGCAGACUUGAAGAGAACAGCGAAAGACAGAGAGUAUGA